UCGGCCAGACUCUGCCUCCCUCCGCGGGGCGGACGUCGCGGGCAUGGACUAUUCGUACGACGAGGAUCUGGACGAGCUGUGCCCGGUGUGUGGGGACAAGGUGUCGGGCUACCACUACGGGCUGCUCACGUGCGAGAGCUGCAAGGGCUUCUUCAAGCGUACGGUCCAGAACAACAAGCACUACACGUGCACCGAGAGCCAGAGCUGCAAGAUCGACAAGACGCAGCGCAAGCGCUGUCCUUUCUGCCGCUUCCAGAAGUGCCUGACGGUGGGCAUGCGCCUGGAAGCCGUGCGUGCUGACCGCAUGCGGGGUGGCCGGAACAAGUUUGGGCCCAUGUACAAGCGUGAUCGAGCCCUGAAGCAACAGAAGAAAGCACAGAUUCGGGCCAGUGGCUUCAAGCUGGAGAGCAGCCCCCCAGUGGGGGUGCCCCCGCCGCCCCCGCCCCCUCCGGACUACAUGCUGCCCCCCAGCCUGCAUGCACCUGAACCCAAGGCCCUGGCCUCUGGCCCACCUGCUGGGCCACUGGGCGACUUUGGAGCCUCAGCACUGCCCAUGGCUGUGCCCAGCACUCACGGAUCACUAGCCGGCUAUCUCUACCCCGCCUUUUCUGGCCGCACCAUUAAGUCUGAGUACCCAGAGCCCUACGCCAGCCCCCCUCAGCAGCCAGGGCCUCCCUACAGCUACCCAGAACCCUUCUCUGGUGGGCCCAGCGUGCCAGAGCUCAUCCUUCAGCUGCUGCAGCUGGAGCCUGAGGAGGACCAAGUGCGAGCACGCAUCUUAGGGUGCCUGCAGGAGCCGGCCAAAAGCCGGUCUGACCAGCCCGCAGCCUUUGGCCUCCUCUGCAGGAUGGCUGACCAGACUUUCAUCUCCAUCGUAGACUGGGCACGCAGAUGCAUGGUGUUCAAGGAACUGGAGGUCGCUGACCAGAUGACACUGCUACAGAACUGCUGGAGUGAGCUGCUGGUGUUCGACCACAUCUACCGCCAGAUUCAGUACGGCAAGGAGGGCAGCAUCUUGCUGGUCACAGGGCAGGAGGUUGAACUGAGCACGGUGGCUGCCCAGGCUGGCUCCCUGCUGCAUGGCCUGGUGCUGCGGGCGCAGGAGCUGGUGCUGCAACUCCACGCACUGCAGCUGGACCGCCAGGAGUUCGUCUGCCUCAAGUUCCUCAUCCUCUUCAGCCUUGAUGUGAAGUUCUUGAACAACCACAGCCUGGUGAAGGAUGCUCAGGAGAAGGCCAAUGCUGCCCUGCUUGACUACACCCUGUGCCACUACCCGCACUGCGGGGACAAGUUUCAGCAGUUGCUGUUGUGCCUGGUAGAGGUCCGGGCCCUGAGCAUGCAGGCCAAGGAGUAUCUGUACCACAAGCACCUGGGCAACGAGAUGCCCCGCAACAACCUGCUCAUCGAGAUGCUCCAAGCCAAGCAGACUUGA